AUGGAUGAAGACACACGACAGUUACUCUUCGAUGACAUAGUGCCCCUACCGUUUCGUAUUCUCUUUGUGGUACAAAUUGGAGUAUGGCUCUGGUACAUCCUCAACCGGGCGAUGACGUCAUCCUGGCACAUCAACGUCGCUGCCCUUCUCAAUUUGCUGUACACCACCAACAGCUACGGCCAGCCAGACCGACUGUCUCUGGCAGGAGAGUUUGCGCUGGCAGUGAUCCCUGCCUUUAAUGAAAACGUUCUGCUCCAACGGGGAAUUGCUAACAAUCUGGUAGCGAUCACUAUCUUCAAUGUGUUAGCGUGGAUCGCGUUUAAAGUGGGCGAAAUCAUGGUCCCUGGCCGUCAUUUAGGGGUUAUACCAGCAUUGGCGUUUGCCUAUACUAUGUACCGGUUAUUCUUUGGCCCCAAUCCAUCGCUGCCAGCCCACAAACAUCAUUUUGGCCAAGCUCGAGCCCACACCACCAUCAAGCGCGUUUUACGGGGAGGAAUCAACUCGGUAACAAUGAGAUCAAACGAUAUUUUGAUAAGCGAUUCGCUUAUAUCUUAUGCCAAAGUGCUCAAUGACGUGGGGCUCUACGUGUGGGGCUACUAUAUCCCUACUGAUACUCGAUACCCUGCCGGCCUUGAGCUGGCCAUCAUCGCGUACCCUACAUUCAUCCGUAUCCGUCAAUGUUGGUUUGAGUACCGGCUCACAGGUAGACCCCUGCAUUUAGCAAACUUGGUCAAGUACGCUCUGGGGCUCGUGCCGUUAGCUCUCAACUACGCGAUCAAGACGACGUUAACCACUAACCCCGAUAAUACCAAGUGGGCGUGGCACUUGACUAAAUGGUGGUACGCUGCCAGCGCCAUUAACUCCACCUAUUCCUUAUUUUGGGACUUUCGCAUGGAUUGGGGGUUGGACAUGUUUGAUCGUGUGCGGUACGGCCAUGGCAGCUGGCUUAGACCGACCACCACCUACCCGCUGUGGAUGUAUGCCAUUGGAUGUGUCAUUGACACCUUACUCAGAUUUGUGUGGGUCUUGCGUGCGUUUGCCAUCGAUAAUGCUCCCACCACUCUCUCGCAAAUGCUGAGAUUUCUCUUUGGCUACGACGCCUACCUGGCGGGGUACUUCGUCAUCGAGUUACUUGAAAUUGGCCGGCGGUGGAUGUGGUGUUUUUUCAAGCUCGAAAACGAUUGGGUCAAGUUGAGCACCGAGGACAGUUUGGAGAUGGGCGACAUCAAGGCAUCAUAG